AUGUCUUGCCACAUCAAGAACGACCCAGAUCAGGUGUCUUUGUCCCAGUCAUUGAAAAAUAUGGACCACAUCUCCCAGCCCAGGCAUACCGAAAUAAUCCAAGGAAUCUCAAACAUGACCUCCAGAUCGCUCCAGGAUGAUGAUCUUUCAAGCCAGGACAAUUUCUCUUUGUGCUCCAGUACACAUCAAAGCCAUGGAACUCCCAACGGACUGCCAUCAUGGGCUCUGACAGAGGUGGACUCGCUAGACAGCGGUGUCAUUUCGUCAGCCAAGCCAGAAUCUCCAGAAGUACAAAUGUUGUCUUUCAAUUUGUCCCAGCAAUUGAUGCCUUCCACCGUGGGCCCCAGUGAUGUAAUGUAUCACACUGGAUCUGAUUACUCUGGCUUUCAUGAUAAUGACCUGGACUUCCCACAUGCUCAAGAUUUCAACCACUAUUCCUCCUUGGUUGAUCUGACUGCUUAUGAUAAUGAUGUCUCCGGCCAAAGCGGGAACCAGUCCUGCACUGAUGAUGCACUCUCUGUUAGCCACAGCUCUCACACAGACGACAGCCACCUGGCUGUCAGCGAUGCAUGGAACUCAAUGGUGACGGACACCAGAAAUUACCACGGAUCAGCCCUGGACCAAUUUUCUUCCAACAUGUUCCAUCCUGUGCCCGUCUCCCCCCCCUUGACGGAAGCCAGUAAUGACGUCUCUGUUACUUCCUCUUGCUCUCACUCCGGAUACCCAUCUUUUAUGACUCACGAGGAUGCAAUGCUUAAGGAUGUCACUGCCACCCCCGUUGGAAGCCAUGGUAUCAAUCUUGGAGACCCGUUGUUCCCCCUUACCCCCCCUCUUGCGGAGCAGGAUCCUAACAAAACUAUCCGGGCUUCCAAGAAUGCACGUAGACCAGCUCUCCACACCCCGCCAUCCCAGGCCUCGGUGAAGCAGGAUCAAGAUUUUUUCCCUCCCCUGCCCAAGGAGCCCGCUCGGCAGAGAUCCAAGGAAUCCACUGAGUUGCGCAACCCCCGGGACCACCCAUACUACUCAUUGCCAACCCACGGUGAUGGAAAGUACUACUGCCCUUUUGCCAACGGAGACAAGCCCUGCAACCACGCUCCCACUACCCAGAAGUGUGCUUAUCACAAAUAUCUGGAUUCUCACCUGAAGCCCUACCGCUGCAAGGUGCCUGCCUGUAUGGAUGCUCAACUUCAAUUCUCUUCUAAUGCAUGUCUCUUCCGUCACGAGCGCGAAGCUCAUGGAUUCCAUGGUCACGGUGAUAACCCGCAUCUCUGCCUAUUUGAAGGAUGCGACCGUUCCAUUCCCGGAUAUGGAUUCCCCCGCAGAUGGAACCUCUUUGACCACAUGAGGCGUGUCCACGACUACGCUUCUUCUGACCGGCCCAGCUCCCCCGAUGCUUCCCCAACUACUGGCCAGGCUGCGAAGAAGAAGGAAACUGUGGGACGCAAGCGCCGUGUGACUGGUGUUUCUGGGGCGCAGACCAUGAAGCGUACCCGCUCCACCCAGUCACAGACUAACCCACUCAAGGCAGCCCAGCAGACCUCCGCCCAUCAUAACCAGAGACUCCAGAACGCGGAGAGGAACUAUUACAACUGCCGCUCGCGACUCCUUGAGGAGCUGAGCAACAUCACUCCCCAGGAUUCGUCGAUGCACGAAAAGGUCAAUGCCAGCCUUCAGGAGCUGAUCACUCUGGGUUUGAACUACCGCCACAUCGAAGCCAGCCAGGCUGCUGCCCAGAUGGCCAAUGGACUUCCUGCUUAA